AUGCGCGCGAAAGGACGACACAUUUAUUUCUUUUUGGCCCUUCAUUUUAUGCCUUUUUUGCGUUUUUUAUUUCUUUUCCAUUUCGCUUCGUUUUCUCUUUCUUAUUCUUAUUCUUUUCUUCUUCGUCUUUUUCUUCUUUUUCUUUUCUUCUUUCCAUCUUCUUCUUUUUCUUCCUUUUUUUCUUAUUUUUCUUCUUUUUUCUUCUUCUUUUUCUUCUUCUUUUUUCUUUUUCUUCUUUUUCAUCUUUUUUCUUCUUUCUCUCAUCUUCUUUUUCAUCUUCUUUUUCUUCUGUUUCCUUUUUAUUAUUCAUUUUCUUCUUUUUCUUUUCUCCUUUCCAUCUUCUUCUUUAUCUUUUUUCUUCUUUUUCUUCUUCUUUUUCUUCUUCUUUUUCUUCUUCUUUUCUUCUUCUUCUUUUCUUCUUUUUUCUUUUUCUUCUUAUUCUUUUUUCUUCUUUUUCUUCUUUUUUUUCUUUUCUUCUUUCCCUCUUCUUUUUCAUCUUUUUCUUCUGUUUCCCUUUAUUCCCUCUUUCUUCUCUUUUUUUCUAUGGAAAGCGCACUUCCUAUAUUGACUGUCAGACUCCCUUUUGAUUCCUCGCAUUCUCAUUCCCUCAUCAACUUUUGUUAUCACUUUUCUGUUGCUCUUUUUUUCUACCUUUGCAAUUCUUCUUCUUCUUCUUCUUCUUCUUCUUCUUCUUCUUCUUCUUCUUCUUUUUCUUCGUAUUUUUCUUCUUUUUAA